GCUCAAUUGAUCAUCCUCCCGUGUAAGACCCUCGUCGUCCCCGCAACUAGUAACUGAGCUCCCAUGGCUAGCAGCUCUGGGCAAGCCCGACUCCGCGCGAUUGGGCCCUGGGACGCAUCGUGCGUGAUGACCCGCCACAGCGUCCCGUGAGCCCUCGUCGUCAUCGUCGAUAUCCAACUCCAACACCAUUCUACCCCUACACAGUGCACAGUCUCUACCACGACCGCUACCUUUUCUUUGCCUUUGUCGCUAUUUCACAUCCCCAAAAUGCGCCGCCGACGCCUCUGCCCUUCAGCGAGCCGCGUGACUGCCUCUUUACUUCUCUCCUUCCUCGCUGUCUCCGCUGCCGCUGACCUGCCUAUUCUCCCCCCGCCGCCCUCGACUCCCUCCCCCCACGACACCCCCCUCAAGGAGUUUUCUCUCAGGCAUAUUUUCCACCAUGGAACCUACCGCUAUCCAAAUCUCCAUAGGAAGCUCGAUGUUCCGGAAACAGCGCCCGUCUGGAUGCCUGAAGACGAGCAUUCAUCCAGCAAGGAACCCGUUCCCCCGCUACGCGCUAGAUCAGAGGCCACAAAUAUACAAAGACUUGUCGACAGGAGCAAGGAGACUAUCGAUGGCAUUCUGGACUGGGGGAGGAUGACCGGGAAAGCUGUCCAGCUAGCCGCUUCCGACUGGACCAUCGACGAGAUAUUCUCCCCAAACGUCUCUGACAAAGAGACUGUCCUGAGCUUUGCCCGUAUGGCGUCCAACGCGUAUGUUCUGGAGCCGCAUACUGGCGACUGGGUGGAUGUGGGAGGAGGAUUCAACUACACCGAGGAUUUUGGCUGGGAAACAGACGGUCUGCGCGGACACAUCUUUGCCGAUACAACGAACAGGACCAUCGUCAUCGGCCUCAAAGGGACUUCGCCCGCAGUCUUCGAUGGCUCUGAGACAACGACGAACGACAAAAUAAAUGACAAUUUAUUCUUCAGCUGCUGCUGUGGACAGGGAGGGCAAUACUUGUGGCGACAAGUCUGCGAUUGUCAAACAUCGGCCUACACGUGCAACUCGACUUGCCUUGUCACCGCGCUGCAAGACAAGAACCGCUACUACUAUGCCGCAAGAGACCUGUACCACAACGUUACCGAGCUGUACCCCGACGCCGACGUCUGGUUGGCCGGGCACUCACUUGGAGGCGCCGUCUCAUCUUUCUUAGGACUGACCUACGGCCUUCCUGCCGUGACCUUCGAGGCAGUUCCAGAAGCCAUGCCUGCAUCUCGCCUUGGCCUCCCCACUCCGCCUGGCCACCAAAUUGGCGCCCUCCAAACGCGCAAAAUGACCGGAGGCUUUCAUUUUGGACACACAGCAGAUCCCGUGUACAUGGGCCAAUGUAACAAAGCAAGCAGCAGCUGCACUUUCGGCGGGUAUGCCAUGCAAAGUGUCUGCCACACGGGUCUCAAAUGCGUAUAUGACACCGUAACAGACUGGGGCUGGAGAGUCGGCAUCGGCACGCACAAGAUCGUUAGCGUGAUCAAAGACGUCAUAGAAAAAUACGACGAGCCGGCUAAGUGCGAACAGUAUGUAAACUGUACCGACUGUUAUCCCUGGGAGUUCUUCGAAAGCAACGGCACAGAGUCAACUACGACUUCAAGACCCCCUACGUCAACGUCGACAUCGAUCAGGACAAGGACGGAAACGUGCAAGACGCCGGGGUGGUGGGGAUGUUUGGAUGAGUCUACGACUACGGACUCUACGACGACGACAACAACAACAACUACUACUACCACUACCUCGACGUCGACUUGCAAGACUCCUGGCUGGUUUGGCUGCAAAGAUCCUACAACCACCAAAUUUCCAACACCCACCCUGUCUGCUACACCCGCACCCGCACCUACUGUCACCACAACCUCCGCACUCCCCACCCCAACAGCGACCUUCUCCUGCAAGCAUCCGGGCUGGUUUGGCGGAUGCAACGAUCCUACCACAUCCGAAACCCCAACAUAUUCUACCCCUACGCCUACGUCAGCGACCUCGACUUGUAAGAGCAAAGGCUGGUUCGGUUUGAUCUGUUACGAUGGGGACGAAGGUAAUGGAGGAACUGCACCCGCACCGAGCGUGACUGAAAGAAUGGAGAUGUGAUGUGAAGUAACUUUGACCUCAAAAUGGACGUUGAUAUUCUCGUCGUUUCACAAGAAUAGCAUUUGGUACGACAUGUAUAUAUACAAGCAUGAUAUCCUGGCGUUAGUACGUGGCGAUCGUCUAGUUUCGGGCGGGAUUGGGUGUUUUACCGCUGGCGCGAUGUUGGGGUUUGAAUUUGCGUAGCAUUUAUAAACUGCAAGUGUGGCUUAUGCCCUGAGGCCUGUAAAUACAAUAUAUUAACAACUACUUCAGAAUAUGGUAAGUAGAGUUGAAAUGAAACAAAC